UUUUUCUUUGUUCCCUCCAUCAGUCUAUAGGUGUCCACGACGCGGUAAGCCACGUGCUUUCUACAAAGCGGAGUUGGUGCAUAUGUAGAAUAUCAUUCAAUUCGUUAAGAUUAAAACUGCAAGUUAUUUUUACUUUAACGGUAUAAUGAUCACGAUACAGAAUUUAUCGAACGAAAUUAUAUUAAGUAUUCUCGAAACCGAAACCAUUAGUUUGAGCGAUGUUGAAAAUUUUAGUUCCACGUGCAAGGGAUUUGCAUGGAUAUCCCAUUAUGAAACUCUCUGGAAGAAAAAAUAUGCUCAGAGAUAUCCCACUGUACAGCUGUUGUGUAAAGACAAAAUGGGCAUUCAAUUUAAUGAUUUAAAUAUUGAAGAUUUUAGAGAGGGUAUGAAAUGUGCGGAAAACUUGUGGCUUUAUGUGCCUCGUAUGUCUCAGAUGUAUUAUUAUCGUAAUCUAAAGAAAGACUAUAUUAAUAUUAAUAUACCAUUACUCGAUCUGCAUGCAGAAAAACACCCUUUAAAUUUGCUGAUUUUACAUGAUGAACUUAUUAGAAUUUUAUAUCAUCAAGAUCCACGCCAAUGCAAUUUAACAGAAAGAUACUACAGCAAAAUGAUAUUUCACUGUUUGUAUCACAACAUUUUUAAUUUUUUCCAAUGGAAGAAAAAUACAGAAAGACUUAAUUAUACGCUGAGUUUGAAGAAAUUAAUUGUCUUAAUAUUACAAUAUUGUCAUCCUAAUAAGAAUAUUACUAUGUUGUAUAUAGAUAAAUUCAUAGACAAUAUCGUGCAAGACGUAUUAAAAUUGUUGAAAGAUAAAUAUUGUCGGCAUCCAAUAUUGUCCAUAUCAUCUGAACAAUUAUCGAUUUGGAGAACAAAUCGUAUUAAUAAGAAUUUUUGGUGCGUAAAAGACGCAACGUCGAUUAAGGAUGUACUCGACAUAAUUAUUAUAAGUUUUGAUUCUUAUAAACCAUGGAUGAAACCGAAUCAAAUAAGUAUGAAUCCUAUUUUCAAAAUGUCGACUAAAGAAGACACAUUACAUUAUAAACAAACGUUGUGGUUGGCAAUAUAUAUCUGCGUUGCAAAUAGAUUGGGUUUACAUAUUGUAACAACAAGACACGAUAGAGACGAUAAUUAUCCUCGAAAUACGCAUUUGGAUUGGCAAUCCGGUGAGUGUACAGAAAAUAGAGAAUGUUUCACGUUUGAAUGGACAGAUAAUACAGAUAAUGCAAAGAUUUCUAACAUAAGAAAAUGCCAACGAGUGCCGCCUCAAGAUGAAUAUAGACCGUCAAUAUUGGUUGAAAGUACCAUUUGGGAUAUAUAUGUUUUGUGGACAUCUGUCCGCUAUUCCUUUGACGAUCUUUCUUAUAAAGCAGCAUCAAUAAUUUAUUAUGAUGAGAAAAUAUGUACUCCAGGUAAAACAUUUCGGAAAAAAAGAUCGCCUAAUUUAAAAUAUGCGAUUGGAUUGAUAGUUACACAUAAGCAUAAAAUGAAAGAUAAUACACGAAAAGAUGUUGCUGGGGUCAUUAUUGGGUGGCACAACGAAUGCCACUUUGAACGUUUUAGGUAUAAGAGUACAUGUUAUAAUUUUUCAUUUGAAAAUAUGCUUUGGAUACCGAAAAAUAAGAUUGUUAAUUGGAAAACGCAACCGCACUACGUUUUGUUAAUCGAGAAUGAUCUGUGUUACGUUCCACAAUAUGCUAUAACAUCGGUAUGCAAAGAAUGGAUAAAUAAUCCAGAAGUUGGAAAAUAUUUCUGUAAAUUUGAAGAUACUCAUUAUGUGCCAAAUAACAUGCUAGGACAGCAUUUUCCAGACGAUGCCGCAGUCGUUCGCGACAUAUUAUUGAAUAAUCUAAAAUUAUAAUAUUGUGAAUGGUGCAGAAGUGUGUGUGUCUGCCCUUUUUUAGUCCGGAUUGAAAUUCAAAAGAUAUAUUGCAUAUAGAUGCUAUUAUUCGGAAAAUAACAAAUCAUAGUAAAUAUCUUGCAAAAGAGAGAAAAUCUUGUUAACAUAACUCGCAUAAGAAAUUCAUGUAGAGAGAUAUUUAUUAUCUGGCAAAAGGUUCGAAUCAAAAAUAGAUAUAAUACGUUAAAUUAUUUA